AUGGGCGGCGGUCAAUCUCGACUUGAAGAGGUGGACGGCGUCCCCUAUCUAGUCCAUCCACAGUGUCUCGCCAAGGUUGUAGAUUCUGCUAACGUAUCUCAAAAACUCUCUACUGUCGUUCCUGUUGUCCUUCUUCAAGUUGGUUGCGACUAUCUAUCGCUGUUCUCUGCUCCAGAACCGGAAAAGGGUUCUUCGGGAUACUCAAUCGUUUCAAAGCUUCUGAUCGCUUCUCUGGCGUUUUCCACUCGGUCCCAGGCUCCAGAGAGCCAUCUUCCACCCAGUCCAUACUUCCUCCGUGAUGGUGGAAUCCAUCAAGCUUAUCGCUUAUACGAGGACACCCUGGAUAGUUUCAUCUUCGGAGUGAUUCCGCUUGAUGCUUUGAACCCGGAAGAGUAUGUUCCCCUGGAUCUGCUCAGCCCAAAUGGGCUGUGGAAAAGAAUCGCGGUCCCGAGUCGUCUCUGCACUGUCCGAACCUCCGAAACACCUCUUGCUGGUGCGCGUAUGGGCAUCAAAGAUAUCUUCCGUCUCAAAGGUACUCAAACAACCAUGAUGAGUCGGCCGUGGAUCGAGCUUCACGAUCCAGAUGGACAAAGCGCCGACUACACCAUGAAACUCAUUAAGUUGGGCGCUGUGAUCGUGGGUAAAACUAAGAUGACCUCUUUCGCAUCUCCCGAAGAACCGACAGACCAGUGGGUUGACUUCCAUUGCCCCGUCAAUCCUCGUGGAGAUGGCUAUCAGAGCCCAUCGAGCAGCUCAACAGGAGCUGCUACCUCUCUAGCGGGCUAUGACUGGCUGGACUUCUCCAUUGCGGGAGACUCUGCUGGCAGUGUCAGGGCACCAGCGCCUUGCAACGGCUUGUUCUCGCUUCGACCUAGCUUCGGCUCUACAUCCAUGAAUGGAAUACCAGUCAACUCACCUGCCUUUGAUACUGUUGGUCAAUUUGGUCGCAGUUUAGAUGAUCUUCAAUUUAUUGUGUCGCACACCUUCGAGAACAUUCACCAGAACUUCUCCGAAUUCCCGUCCAGGAUACUCUAUCCUAAAGAAUUCUACCCCUUGGCCAACGCAGAGCAACAGGCUAUGACAGAGGACGCCAAGUUUGGCAAGAACCCGUUCGUCAGCUCAGUCGUGCGAUUCCGAUGGGAUCUUGGAAAAGAUGUCACCCUCCAGGAAUACGAGGUAUACGUGAAACAACUCGAGGUUUUCAGAAAUUGGUUCACAGAGAACUUCAUGGGCCCGGAUUCGAAGACUCUUUCCAACGCCAUCCUCAUCAUGCCCUACGGAGAACCCCAUCCAGAGUACCGUGAUGAGGCGAGCCCGCCUGCUGGGACCUUCCCUACCAUCGCAGAGAAGUUUAUCUCGCCUAUUCUACUUGCGCCUCAACUCGUACUGCCAUUUGCUCAGAUGUCGUACCUCUCAAAGGUCAGCGGAAGACCCGAGAUGCGGCCCAUUGCUAGCACUAUGAUAGGAGCAAAGGGGAGCGAUCUCAUGCUGAUCAAACUUGCCACUGAGGCUUUCAAAAAGGCCGGGUGGCCUACAAGCAUUCAGACGGGUCGUUAUAUGUAUCCUGUUGCUGAUAAUGCGAGGAAUGCUGGUUCAGUGCCCGGCGACAGUCUGGCGGCGUACGAGACAAGACAGAGAGCUGUUCAAGAACUUCAGAAAGCGUUCGAAAACAGUAUUGGUGGUUUGGUUUGUAAUGCCAUGUAA